AUGCCACUUACUCCAUAUAUCAGCUCCAAGAUGCACGCUAUAGAAGUAUACGCUAUAUUAAGCUGCUUUGAACUCUCGACGUCACUUCAUCCGGUCUUGACUCUGAAGAGUCUUGAGAUUCGAGAGGCGCCAAAAAAAAAGAUUGCCAAAUUCGGAUACGGAAACAGCCAUUCCCCAACAUUGCGUGUUUCUCAUCUGCUCGGCGCCGGUACCGUAUCGAAGAUCAACAUCUCCAAUGCCGCACCUCCUUUCACCAAAUCGAGCCUCACAUCGAGGAUCACUGCGGCACGUGAUGACCGCGGUGGGGUCAAAGAAACUCAUCUCAUCUCAAUCUUCCUCCCCAAUUUCCAAAUAACCAAUUUCUGGGCCCUCCGUCCUACUGAGGCGCAGUCCCGAACAGGCCUCCGGGGGAAAAACCCGCCAUCAAGUUGUGUUCUUGAACAACAACGCGCACAAUAA